AUGAAGGACCCUUUACCGAAGAAGAAGGUGGUUGUACGGCACUUGCCGCCUUCUCUUUCUCAGUCCGAUCUCUUAUCCCAAAUCGACCCUCGUUUCGCUGAUCGUUACAAUUGGGUUUCCUUUCGUCCUGGGAAGUCAAGCUACAAAAGCCAGAAGUAUUCACGGGCCUACUUUGGUUUCAAGGCACCAGAAGAUGUUUAUGAGUUCGCUGCAUUUUUCAACGGGCAUGUGUUUGUUAAUGAAAAGGGUGCUCAGUUCAAGGCCAUAGUUGAAUAUGCACCUUCACAGCGUGUGCCGAAACCAUGUGACAAGAAAGAUCCUCGUGAAGGGUCUAUUAGCAAAGACCCUGAUUAUCUUGAAUUCCUUAAGCUAAUUGCUCAACCAGUUGAGAAUCUCCCCAGUGCUGAAAUCCAGUUGGAAAGAAGAGAAGCUGAGCAGUCUGGUACUUCAAAAGCGCCUCCCAUUGUUACUCCGCUUAUGGAAUUUAUACGGCAAAAACGUGCUACUGUGACUGGAUCCCAGGGUUUAUCAGAUGUUCGAAGAGGAGGCAGAAGAGCCAGAGCAGUGUCUGCGAACAAGCCAAGUCCAAGGCCCGCGAAACGAAACUCUGAAAAGAAAAAGUAUGUGGAGAAAGAUAGUUCAAAGAAUGUACCACGGAAGGCCACAUCAGAAGUUGGCAGCUCUAAGCAAGAUUAUCUUCAGCCAAAUUUAAGUGGAAAAGAAAUACCAGAAAGUGAAACUGCAUCUGUGAUCGAUAGCUCUCUCCCGGGGAUUGCCUUGACUAUGGAUUCUGGGAAGAAAAAGAUUUUGCUCCUGAAAUCAAAAGACCGAGACAAUUCUGAUAACCCUUCACCACAACCAGAACAGCAGAUGGGAACUAAUCUCUCUGGAAACUCCGUGGCACUAAAACAAAACCAGAAGAGUGAUGUCGGUGGGAGGUUGAUUAAGGGAAUACUUCUGAAAAAUGAGCUGCGACCAGGCCAGUCUUCACCAUUUGUCCAGCUUGAGCAAAGAUUGGAAUCCUCUGAAGCAGAAAAUAUCAAGCGACCUCCUCGGCCAGCCAAUACUCGAGCAGGAAAAGACUACCAUGCAUCUGGUACCAUUAGUGAGAAGCAAGAGAGGCGUACACGAAACAAGGACAGACCUGAUCGGGUUGUGUGGGCUCCUCUCCGUCGUGGUGAUGGGUCAAAUAUCAGCGAGGAUCAGCCAUCAUCUUCAGCAGCAACCAAUGGUGAAGCGAAAGAAAGGAUAUUCGUGCAAAGAUCUGGAGAAGUCGUGAGCUUCUCUGGUGGACAAGCUCUUGAGAAUGGUUCUGCCAGACAUUCUAAUCGCCGAGUUGGAGCUCGCAAUAGAAAAGAAGACAGCUUUGCGAUGAGUGGUGAGGGUAAAUCAUCCCGAAGAGGAGGUGGUGGUGGUGGUCCCAAUUCACAUGAGGCAAGCAAAACCAAAGCCUUUUACUACACCUUAACAUAUGCUCUUACAACCAUGUUUAAGACUCAUUUUUACUUGUGUUGCAGAAGCAAAUGUGGAUCCAAAAAUCAUCAUCGGGUACUUGAUAUAUUCACUGAACCUCUGGCUUAA